AUGUGUUUGUUUAAGAUUUUUAUGGCCAUUAUAUCUGGCGUCAUGCAAAUGGCAGGAACUGGGGAGCAGUUGGAAGAUAUUGGUGAUGCACGAUCAGCUAUUUCAUCUCUGUUAGGAAUACCUACUUCGGUAAGUCUGUAUACAAAAAGAUCUCUUGUGUAAUUUCACAAAUCAUAAUGAACAGCAUCACAGGAAAUUUGUGCUCAUUGGCUUUCGUUUGAGUGGUCAUGCAGACUCAGAAGAUAAAACUGUCUUGUACAUCUUGUUAAAACAGUACCAGAGAAAAGUACUGCUCAGUAGCUUUCAUUUUAAUGCUCACGCUUAAAGAAAUCAUCCACAGAAACAAAAGUUAAAACCACCUUUAACAGCAUAAUAAGGCUUACCACAGGAAAGUACUGCUCAGUAGCUUUCAUUUGAAUGGUUACACUUAACGAUUUCAUCCGCACACUCAAAAGUAAGAACCACAUUGUCAAAACAAAACUGGAAAAACCAGGGGUCGAAAGUAUUAAGUUAUAAGUACAAGUAGGAAACAGGUGGCCAGUUUAUCACCUUGCUCAUUACUUCGCGGGUUGAAUAUGAAAGAAAAUUAUUUUUUUUAAUUUUAUAAGCCAACUGUGAUUAAAAAUAAAAGCCAAAUUUAUGUGGAUCAUGAAAUGAAAAGUAUGGGUAGCCUCGUGAGAGAUUUGAACUCUCGACCCCUGGUUUACAAGACCAGUGCUCUAACCACUGAGCUAACGAGGCUGACUCGGUUUUGUUGUUAAAUCUUUAUAAUUUUUCAACGGAAAUUUACAGUGCUUCAGACAAUGCAAUAGCUCCCAUUUGAAUGGUCACACUUUCAGAUUUCAUCCACCACCUUGUACAGCAUAAUAAACAAUACUAUAGGAAAGUACUGCUCAGUAGCUUUCAUUUGAGAGGUAAAACUGGGAUUUCGUCUAUCCAGGGAGUAAAAAGAACGAAGCAACUUGCACAGCAUAAUAUCGAAAGUACGCAGUUGUAAGUUGUUACAAAUAGAAAAUACAAAAAAGAAGGGGUAGAGAAUUAAUUUGCUACUAGCUAACUCUGUAAAAAAAGCUUAACAGCUAAAGUGGACUGUCAUUUGGUGGGAUAAGAAAAUCCAAGCCCAAUUGAUGCGGAAAAAGAGAAACAUGAAUAGCCCCGUGAGAGAUUUGAACUCUCGACCCCUGGUUUACAAGACCAGUGCUCUAACCACUGAGCUAACGAGGCAGACACAAUUUUUAUCGCGAUGGUCACACUUCAAGACUUCAUUCACAGGUCCAAAAGCCAUGGUAAAAAGUACUCUGUCAAUGACAGAAAAUACUGCUAAGUAGUUUUUUUCUUAAUGGUCACACCUAGGGAUUCCAUCUAUAGACUUAAAAGUUAGAACGACCUUGUACAGCGUAAUAAACAGUAUCGCAUGAAAGUACUGCUCAGUAGCUUUCACUUGAAAUGCGCACACUUUAGUAUUUCAUCCACAGACUCAAAAGUUAGGACCACCAUGUACAGCAUAAUAAACAGCACCACAGGAAAGUAUUGCUCAGUAGCUUUCACUUGAAUGGUCGCACUAGGAUUUCAUCCACAGACUCAAAAGUUAGAACGACCUUGUACAGCGUAAUAAACAGUAUCGCAUGAAAGUACUGCUCAGUAGCUUUCACUUGAAAUGCGCACCCUUUAGGAUUUCAUCCACAGAAUCAGAAGUUAGAACCACCUUGUACAGCGUAAUAAACAGUACCACAGGAAAGUACUGUUCAGUAGCUUUCUUUUGAAUGGUCACACGUAAGGAUUUCAUUUAUGACUCAAAAGGUAGGAUAGCCUGUUUUGAGGCCUUUUCAAGACUGGAAUGACAGAUUUCCCUACCCUUUUCAUAUACCUCAACUAGUGAGAUCCCCACCCUUUCAUAUAUCUGAAGCCUAGAAAAGGUACCCUCUUCGGCGGAGCCUCCCGGUAUAGGCCAUUAUAGGGAGUACCCCCCCCAGGGAGAAACAGUCCCACAGGAAAUCAAUGCACCCCAUUAUCAUUAAGUUGCUGAACGUUGUUCCUCAGGCUGAUGACGAUCCAUUUGACCAGGCUGUGAGUCAGCUAGACACAGUGUUGGGGAAACUAGAUGUGUUUAAUGUGUACUUCCAUUAUCCAUCCCGCCCAGAGUAUCAGGUAAGUUGGUUACCUAUAGAGCGUUUACACAUGACGUCACAGCGAGCGUCUCAAAACAAUGAAAUGGCGGCCAUGUUGGUGUACUAAGCCAAUCUUGUUGCGUGUUGAACUCUUUUCUGUUUAAUAUUUUGUUUCAGUAAAUAGCCUGGAGUUUGGAAUCAAACACACCGGACUCCAGAGCAGAACGAAGUUUAGUACAUAGAAUUUUGAAUGAAUUGUUUCAUGUUGACUUAUUUGUUCUCUGUAGCUGUUAAAGUCGAUUAACUUUACAGUGGGAGAAGGACAAACAGUUGCUUUGUUGGGAGAUAAGGGCUGUGGGAAGAGCGCUUUAAUGAAACUGCUUCAGAGAAUUUAUGAUCCACAAAAUGGAAGGGUAAGCCACUGUGCUGUGUAGUGAUUAGUGCUAAUUACGUAGGGAAGACGAAAUCUGAAAGCAAUAGUCAUUCGACGAAUCUCCGUGGCAAGGCCUGCAUUUACGCAUGUGCAAAGCUAUCCUGUGGAUGUGCGUCAUUUGACGAUCUCUGUUAGAUGAAAGCAAGCCAUGAUGCGGGUGUGACGUCACAUGCCUCUUGUUCCAACUAGUUUUAGAUCUUUAUGCGUUUCUGAGCCAAUUUUUGAAUUCAGUAACGGCGGCAAAAGAAACCUGAACUUUACGUUUAAUAUAAGUGGUCUUCCCAUUGGAAUUUUGACUUGAAAUUUGCCGAGGUAAGUAUUUAUUACUUCUACUUUCCAAAGCUGAAAAGAGGAGGGCAACCAAAAGUUUGAUCACAGUCGCACUUUAAAAGGUUAAAGGGCCUUUAAUAUUUCCUAUCUCCAUGUCUCUCAUCGUUUCUAUAAAGGUGAAGUUGGAUGGGCAGGAUAUUCGCUUUCUCGACCGUCGCUGGCUUCGUCGUCAAAUUGGAAUAGUGCACAAGAAACCAGAGUUCUUUAACACUUCAAUAGCAGAUAACAUUGCCUACGGGAAGACUGAUUCUACUUUGAAAGAAAUCGUUCGAGCAUCAAAGGAUACUGGGGCACACGAGUUUAUAAUGGAUUUACCAAAGGUUGGUGGUCGAUUUUUAUAACAAACGGUGAAGGAAUUUUUUUGGUCUCGCUAUGAAUAGCCUAUUUUACCCCUCUUCAGGGAUAUGCUACCAUACUAAAUGACGAUGGAUCACCGCUGACCUCCUUCCAAAAACAUCUGCUAGCGCUUGCACGGGCAAUCAUCCGAAAACCCCGGAUAUUGCUGUGGGAGGAGGAUCUGUCAGUUAUGGACAGCUCAGCAUUGAAUGUUCUCACUAACUACUUAGAUCAGGUGCGUACACAUUUCUCUGCGAAAAAGGGGGCUUAAAUACCAGAAAACAGAACUGAUCAGAAAAAAUAUCGACUAGACUUUUUGCUGCCUUUUGAAUGCGAUUAUGUGAAUAUUGAGUGAUUACAUGUUCGUACGUUUGUUAAUUGUUACCACGUUUACUUGGUAACGCUGUAGUAACACUUUCGUGUUAAUCAAAAAAACGAAACAGUGUUUUAUCAGAUAUCAAACACCGAGAAGAUUCAUAAUGCGACGCAGAGCGGAGUUCUUUUUGACGAACUUCGACUUGUUUUACAUUGUGAUGAAACACUGCUUCGAGUCUCAAACAAAACGACUUCAGGCAAUGUGACCGUUAGACGUUGCUUUAAAGAGCUAACUUUGUGGAUAAAAUGUGACCAUAAAGUGUGAUCAUACAUUGAACAUGAGUCACUCUUCUUUGGGACAAUUUUAAUUAUACUGACUUUUUUAAUGAUUUCACAUGUGGUUGAAAAUGUCACGUGGUAUUGUUUUGGAAAUAAAACCAUUUCAAAGUUCGUUUUUUUAUUAAGUUGUUAAACAAUUUUUUGUAACAUUUCAGGCUCGUCAUGGUCGCACAACAGUUGUUUCAACAAGUCACGUGUCCGUAGCGCAUAUUGCUGACGUCAUUAUUGUUCUUCAUAAUGGUGAAAUCAUUGAACAGGGGACUCCUAAGGAGUUGAUGAUGUCAGGAGGAGCCUUCAGAUAUCUUGCUACAUUGCAGGUGAUUGACACUUCAGCAUAGGCACGAAACGGUCACAUGGAACAAAACUACUUUACUGGUUGGCGAACGACGCAGUGAGGGUAGCUUGGGUAGCAGGGCGGUUUUGGUUGGGUGUGCAAACAAGACAAGGUGGGGGCAGUGAUUCGCGCGCGCUUUUGCUGCUUGGUCGCUCAGUAGUGCGCCCAACAAAACCGCUAUGCUAGGCAGGCUUCAGUGGGGCAAGAAAAACGGAGAUUACGUCACCUUUCUUUCAAGGUUCCACUGCAUUGUUUGCCAGCCAGCAAGGUGGUUUUUGUACCGUGCGACCGUUUCAUGCAAGGGCCCGUUAGCCUGCGGUACAGGUGCAUUGACCAGCUUCCGCGUGAGACUGGGUCAGUGUUGUGUCGCAUUGCACUUUGGGAUUGUUUAGGGUCGUUAUCUCUGCUAUUACCAAGUUGCAGAUGAAGAUGGGGUAAAACUGUGACAAAGUCCCAUAGUGCAAUUCGGCAAAACACGGACCCAGUUCCAAGUGAAACUUCAAAACGGACAAUUUUUCGGGCCAACGAUCGCUCAGUAUUUUCUACAGUCGCCACCACUGAUUUAAAAAAAAGUUGAGGACUCUUGGGGAGAAGCUGCAAUCAAGAGUGGGCAUGAGAGGUAGUGGAGGAAGGAAGCUGGACGAAGAUACGUCGUUUCCUCGCUCGUUCCACUCCCACCCAAAAAAACUCUUGCCCGCAAAGAGACUUAUAAGACAAUAAUCUGUACAUCUUUUUCAGCAUUUUGAGUCGCAAAGUUUACACUUAGAGAAGCUCCAGAAGUCAGGUGAGGAAAACGUCCAUCACAGCAAAUAUAUAAAACCUCGUUGUUUUCGAUGGAUUCGAUGAUCAGUUUGUUGAUUUUAGCUUUAUCUUCAUGUCUUGUCAGAACAAGUCUCAGAGACCAAGUCCCCAGUUCAAAAUGGGAAAGAAAUACCGGAGUCAAGCUCAAAGGAGCAGUGGGAGGAGACUAGCUACCAAGUUAAAGGCUUCACAUCAAAGCUUCGUCAGAUGAUCCAAGAUAGGGUAAAUAAUAUUUCUGUAGAAAACAUAUCAAACACAUAAUGCCAUAACUUGGGGUCGAUUACUUUGUAAGGUAUUACUCACAAAGCGUCUGUGUUUUAAUAGUUGUUAAGAACAGUGUUUUUAAAAUCACUAACUGAACAGGUUUUAAAUCAACAUUUCUUUUCUAAGGCUUAGGUCAGCGCUAACAAAAGAAAGGAAUGAUAUCCACUGCGUUGGAAAGCGCAAAAGGGAGCCUUGCGUUUUUCUCGACGAUUUAACUGUCAAUUACAAUACACUGGCAGUGAUCUUGCCAGGGCGGAUAACUCCGACAUUCACAAACUUAAUAUAACUUCAGAUGUCUCAUAGUUUUGCAUUAAAGUUAUUUGGUAGAGGGUUUUUUACUUUCCGUCUACACCCAGAGGAGGGCAAUAAAUGAUUUUCACCUGUACUAAAAACUUGUGGCCAUUGCAGCUAAAUGAAGGACAAGCGGCUUACAAAAUGAUCUGGAUGCAACUCAAAGACCUGCCACUGUUGUUAGCGGGUGCAUUGGGAGCUGCUAUCACAGGAAUGGUUGCCCCAGGCCUUUCAUUCUUAUUUGGCGAAAUACAGAAGGUAACAACAGGGAUGUAAAAAAUCUGUUCCCAGGGAUAGACCCUAUAAUGGCCCAUACCCAUAUGUUUCUUCCGAAAGGGGUACCUUCUCCAGGCUCCCGGUUUAUAGAAGAACAAGUGUUAAAAAGGGUAGGGAAAUCUGUCAUCUAGUUAUAUAAUUUUUAGAUCCUCUAAUCGAAAUGUGGUGGCUGUGAAAAUGACAGAAAAACUCGCUAAUUUACUGGUUAAUUCGUAUGAAAAAGAUGUUCUAGUAACGGCAACUAAAAGAGAUGCAGUUUGUGAAAGGGAUACGAAAGACAUACGAAAGGGAUACCGGAUAAGUGAUUAGACCUCGGGCGGAGCCUUUUCGUAUGAAACUUUGCAGAAUACCUAGCGGGUCAAUUUAUCACGGUAUUUUAAAGGUUGUGUAAGUGAAAGACAAAACUUACAUUUUCGAUAGCAAAAUUUGAGACAACACAGAAAAGCCUUAAUACUGAAUGUCAACUAUCACCUUUUUAGGGUCAAACGUUGCAAUUUCUUGUAUUAACAUACUAAAACAAUUUAGAACCGUUUUGCGUAGUCUAAUGAAAUGCACUUUAAGUGAGUACUUAUAAAUACUUAUAAAUAUAUUUCAUUUUUAAUGAAGGAUUUACUCGUUUUCUUCUCAGUUCAUGAAUGAUCCACUCAGAGUAGCGAAAGAAGGGCCAUUCUGGGCUAGCAUGUUUGUAGUUUUCGGACUGUUUAUAGGUUUUGGUGGCACAAUAGAGGUGAGAGCACCAACAUAAUAUUUCAUCUAAGGCAUUAAAAGCAACUUUUUUAAGAUAUAAAUCCUUUGCAUCUAACGAUAUUCCGUUGUCUUUAAUAACCAUUAUCUCAUCGCUUAUACGAUCCUUUCAGAAAUUUAUGCUUACUUAUGCCACGGAGAAGUUAAGAUCAAGGCUGCAGAAAAUAGCUUUUGAUACCACAAUAAACAAGGUGGGUAAAAGGACUCACUGAAGUCCAGUGAAAUGUAACAUAGCACCAGCUCAAGGAUCCUUGAAUACAACUAAUAUCCCUUCAUAAUCGUCCAACAGAACUCAGUCCCCCAAAUUCCGGGAGUAGCAGAUAUUUCGUAUUCGCUUAGUGCAGCGGGACAACAGUUUCCUAGCGUAUCUCAGACUCCAGGAAUGGGUUUGCCGGGACGCUUGGGUAUGCCUUCAGCCGAUGGGGUUUUUUCUCAAGUGCCACCGUCCGCGACGACUGGAUCUCCAUCCUUAGGAGCGUUCCAAGGAUUGACAGAUAUGCCAACUGGGAUCUCAUCUGUUCAAGGUCUUACAGGACUUUCAUCAGGAAUUCUACCUUCCCAAGGACUGGCAAGUGCAACAGGGACGCCAUACGGAAUUUUCUCUAGUCAAGGCUUUGUAGGGUUAUCAGGACUACCGACAGAAACUACACUUAUCCAAGGACUUGCAGGAAUAUCAGGGAUACCACAAGCAAUUCCCUCCGAUCAAAACCUGCAAAGGAUUACAGGAUUCCCAGCGGGAAUACUACCUGGUGCGAUUGGCAAUGAACUUGGAAAGGUAGUACCUGGAGUAGUAGGUGGAGAUGUUGGGGCAAUAUUGUCUGGUUCUUCUGUAGAUGGAGGACUUGGAGCCGUAGUGGUUGGGACAGUAGGUGAAGGUUUAGGAGCAAAGGUCCCCGGCGUUUUAGGUGGAGGCAUUGGGCCUAUGGUGUCUGGCUCUGUAGAAGGAGGCCUUGGUGCAAUAUUGCCCAGUGCAGUUGGCAAAGGCAUUGAAGGGAUGAUACCUGGAGCCGUAAACAAAGGACUGGAAGCGGUUGUGCCUGGUGCUGUAAGCGGAGGUCUUGAGCCAAGUUUGUCUGGUGACGCAGAAAGUAGUCUUGGAGUAUUGAUACCUCGUACAGUAGGCGGAAGUGUUGCAGCGAUUAUUCCUGGCGUAGUAAGUGGAGGUAUUGGUGAUAUGUUUUCUGGCGCAGUGAGCGGAGGUGCUGAAGCUGUUAUGACUGGGGCAGCUAGUGAAGGUCUUGGGGCGAUCGUGUCUUCUAAGGUAGGAAGCAAUCUUAAAGCAAUGGCACCUGGCACAAUAACCGGGAUUACCGGAGCUGUAUUGUCUGAGGCAGUUGGUGGAGGUUUAAGGGCGGUGGUGCCUGCUAGCGUUACCACAGGUCCUGGGGCACUGGGUUCUGCCAAAGCAGAAGGUGAUCUCGCAAUUUUGCCUGCCAGAGAAAGCGGGGUUACCGGAGCAGUAUUGUCUGUUGCGACAGGGGGAGGUUUAGGGGCGAUGGUGCCUGGUAGCGUUACCACAGGUCUUGGGACAAUUAUGUCUCUGAAAGCAGAAACUGGUCUUGGAGCAAUAAUUCCUGGCGCAGGGAGCGGAUUUACUGGAGCUGCGUUGACUGAAGCGGUUGGGGGAGGUCUUGGAGCAAUGGUGACUGGUAAGGCUGGAAGCGGUCUUGAAGCAAUCGUACCUACCGCGGCGGGCGGGGUAACCGGAGCGGCAUUGUCUGGAGCGGUUGUGGGAGGUUUAGGGGCGAUGGUACCUGGUGCUGUUACGGAAGGUCUUGGGGCAAUAGUGUCUGGUGAAGCAGAAAGUGGUCUUAGAGCAAUGGUACCUGGCGCAGUUAGCGGCAUUACAGGAGCUGCGUUGACUGAAGCAGUUGGGGGAGGUCUUGGAGCAAUGGUGACUGGUAAGGUUGGAAGCGGUCUUGAAGCAAUCGUACCUACCGCGGCGGGCGGGGUAACCGGAGCGGCAUUGUCUGGAGCGGUUGUGGGAGGUUUAGGGGCGAUGGUACCUGGUGCUGUUACGGAAGGUCUUGGGGCAAUAGUGUCUGGUGAGGCAGAACGUGGUCUUGGAGCAAUGGUACCUGGCGCAGUUAGCGGCAUUACAAGAGCUGCGUUGACUGAAGCAGUUGGGGAAGGUCUUGGAGCAAUGGUGACUGGUAAGGCUGGAAGCGGUCUUGAAGCAAUCGUACCUACCGCGGCGGGCGGGGUAACUGGAGCUGCAUUAUCUGAAGCGGUCGUGGGAGGUUUAGGGGCGAUGGUACCUGAUGCUGUUACGGAAGGUCUUGGGGCAAUAGUGUCUGGUGAAGCAGAAAGUGGUCUUGGAGCAAUGGUACCUGGCGCAGUUAGCGGCAUUACAAGAGCUGCGUUGACUGAAGCAGUUGGGGGAGGUCUUGGAGCAAUGGUGACUGGUAAGGCUGGAAGCGGUCUUGAAACAAUCGUACCUACCGCAGCGGGCGGGGUAGCCGGAGCUGCAUUGUCUGAAGCGGUUGUGGGACGUUUAGGGGCGAUGGUACCUGGUGCUGUUACGGAAGGUCUUGGGGCAAAAGUGUCUGGUGAAGCAGAAAGUGGUCUUGGGGCAAUGGUACCUGGCGCAGUGAGCGGCAUUACAGGAGCUGCGUUGACUGAAGCAGUUGGGGGAGGUCUUGGAGCAAUGGUGACUGGUAAGGCUGGAGGCGGUCUUGAAGCAAUCGUACCUACCGCGGCGGGCGGGGUAACCGGAGCUGCAUUGUCGGGAGCGAUCGUGGGAGGUUUAGGGGCGAUGGUACCUGGUGCUGUUACGGAAGGUCUUGGGGCAAUAGUGUCUGGUGAAGCAGAACGUGGUCUUGGAGCAAUGGUACCUGGCGGAGUUAGCGGCAUUACAGGAGCUGCGUUGACUGAAGCAGUUGGGGGAGGUCUUGGAGCAAUGGUGACUGGUAAGGUUGGAAGCGGUCUUGAAGCAAUCGUACCUACCGCGGCGGGCGGGGUAACUGGAGCUGCAUUGUCUGAAGCGGUUGUGGGACGUUUAGGGGCGAUGGUACCUGGUGCUGUUACGAAAGAUCUUGGGCUAGUGGUGCCUGGUGAGGCAGAAAGUGGUCUUGGAGCAAUGGUACCUGGCGCAGCGAGUGGGGUCACCGGAGCUGCAUUGUCUGAAGCGGUUGUGGGAGGUUUAGGGUUGAUGGUGCCUGGUGCUCUUACGGAAGGUCUUGGGGCAAUGGUGGCUAAUAAGACAGAAAGUGGUCUUGGAGCAAAGAUACCAGGCGCAUUAAGCGGAGUUCGUGGAGCUGUGUUGACUGAGGCAGUUGGGCCUCGAAGCGUUACUGGGGGUCUUGGGGCAGCGGUGUCUGGUAAGGCAAUUAGUGGACGUGGAGCAUCGAUUCCAGGUGCAGAAAGCGGUGUGACUGGAGCUUUAUUGCCUGAGGUUGCUGGAGGAGGUUUGGGGGCGAAGCUGGCUGUUAUGGCAGAAAGUGGCCUCGGAGCAAUGAUGCCAGGUGUGAUAAGCGGAGGUACAGGAAUUCUGUCGCCUGAGGCAGUUCAUGGGGGAUUAGGGGCGAUGGUGCCUGGUAGUGUUUCUGGGGUUGUUGGGGCAAUGGUAUGUGGUAAGGCAGAAAGUAGCCUUGGAGGAAUGAUUCCAGGCGUAGUAGGCGGAGUUACUGGAUCUGUGAUUCCUGGUGCAGUGAGUGUAGGUAUUGGUGCCAUUCCUCCUGGCGCAAUAACCAGAGGUACCGGAGCUUUGUUGUCUCAAACAGUUGGUGGAGGUUUAGGGGCUAUUAUGCCUGGUGUGGUGAAUGUAGUCCCUGGAUCAAUGGUUUCUGGUAAUGUCGGAGAAGGUCAUGGAGCUGUGUUACCUGGACUGAUAGGCACAGGUGACGGGAGGAUGUUUCCAGGUCCAGUGAGUGGAGGGCUUGGAAUGGUGGUCCCUUGUGCAGGGGGCAAUGGUGGCGCUGGACGGAUAGUUGCAGGUAUGGUAACUGGAGGUAUAGGAUCAAUGGUAGCUGGUUCUGUUGGUGGCUCAGGAAACAUUCCAAAUGCAAAUCUUCUGGUAAGAGCCAUGUCUAGGAUCAUUGAAAUAGUCGUGAUGUACCGAACACCCAGCGGAAAAAAAUGUGUUAUUAUGAAGAAAGGUUCUCUGUUAUUUAUUUUUGCACAGACAGAAACUUUUUUUUCCCAAAGACUAAUCUAGGACAAGGGAUUUAGUGUCCUCUUUUCUUCUGAUUCAUUAAUUGGUUGCCGUAAGAAAACAGCAUGAAAUCAUACUGACAUGUAUUUCCCAAAAAUCUGUUUAACUUAGUUGUUACCAGAUCCACAAAAGCAGGCUGAUCACCUCAUGGAGCAAGUAGAAAAAGACGUGGAAGCAGCUCUUCAAAAUGUAAGCUCUCUCUUAAAUGUUCAUUCGCAUUUUUUCUUAUUUAGCAGCAGCGUCCUGUCUGCUGUACCAGACGAUUCGAGUUUAUAUUUACAUUUACUUAUGUUCGCCAAUUCUUGACAGUGUCACCGCAACAGCGCGUGGCGCUAAUUACUUAACAGUCUUCCCCAUGAAAGAUACUCUUUGCGAUCAGUGCGUGGGUCCCACAGAAUUUAUGUUGGCAAAGGUUGUGAGACGGAGCCGGGCCUACGGUUUAUCGUUCUUAUCCGAGAGGACUAUAAAGUCUAACCAUUUACAAAAGCAGCACUUCCUCCUCAGUUAUUUAAAGACCCUGAGUGUUGGUCCGGCCGGGGUAAAAACCAGCGGCUUCUCGUUCUACAGACCGUGCUUAUGUAAUUGAGUUAACCGGGCGGCAGUUUAAAUUUAGAUUCCUACUGUUAUUACUUAUUGGUUAACUAAUCUUCUCUGUGCGCUUCUAGUCCAUUGGCAAAUACCUGGGUACCAAAGUACAGGAAACCAUAUCCAGCGUGUCCACCCUCGGAAUGGCACUUUACAAUGGAUGGAAGAUGACUCUAGUUGUGCUUGCUGGCUUGCCAAUCAUUGGUGUUGCGAAUCGCAUCCAACAGAAUGAAAUCGAUGCUACAGUGGAGCCAGAAGGAGUAGAAGCAGUAUGUACCUUAGACUAACAGAUCAAGAGCUGUGCCUAAGACAUAUUUGCUCCAAAAUAUAUUUUUCUUAGUUUUUGUGCAUUUUUAUUAUUUUUCGUCACAUUUCAGCUUAUGAAAACCAGCUUUAAAAAGUUGGAGACUAUUUCAGCUCUUGGAGUGGAAAAUAAGUUUGCUAAGAAGUACAAAGACGCGAUCUUUGAACAGUACAAGUAAGAUGGCUAUUUCAUUGAUGAUUAUUUUAUUGCUGAUUUUUGUAAUCUUUCUUGCGUUCAAAAAGUUACAGCCCGUUCUAGAAAAAGUAUCAAAUUUGCAUACCACGUAGUAGAACAAGAAGCGAAAGAUUAGACUGUCUAAAAGACCCCUCUCUUUCCUGGUUGGUUAGACUUCAUCGCUCGCUCGGUCGCUGAGCCGCCUUAUGCUUUGAAGCUCGCUUCACUCACUUUUGAGAACUUAUGAAUGGUAGACUUGUUGCAAGUCUAGCGAAAGAUGGAAACCGUAUAUAUAUAGAGCAUAUCCAAACAAAAUCUUGAAACUGGAUUGUAUCCUGUUGAAGAGAUACCCAUUACCGUGACUAAAGGACCUACACUUUAACGUGAGACUGUGAGAUUGGCCAUCGGCAUGGGCUUCAGAUAAAGAAAAUACCAAAAAGGUAUCAAAUAUGUGGGUAUAGAGGAAAGAAUGAAAUGUGAGAAUAAAAGGCAACACUUUUGCAGUCCAUUUUCCCUACUAGAGAGUAAGCUUUGUUAAUUGCUACACUUUCAGACUACUCACUUAACUCUGCCUAAAACUUAUCAUUUAAUCCUUCUCCAACAGGCGCACGCUUAAGAAAAUCAUUGCUAGUGGUUUUGCCUUUGCUCUUGGACAAGCGAUGGUUUUCUUUAUUUACGCAGGCGCACUGAGGUUCGGCUGCUAUCUUAUUACCAUAGGGGAUAUGACACCUAUUCAAGUUCUCGGGUAAGAAAUGUAUUUAAUUCUAUCAAAACUGACCUUCCACCAUCAAGGAUCGUUAAACCCUGUGUUAUGGUAUAUUUUACAUUCCUUAAAUACUCUUUUGUUGCAGGGUUUUGAUGACUGUGCUGUUCGGUUCUUAUGCCACGGCGAGUUCACGAGCGCCUACGCAUGCGCCUGAAAACAAUGAAGAUUCACUUAACAGACUCCUAGAUGACCAGGCAACGGAAGUAAAAGAUCUGGUGGGGGACAAGCUGGUGAGCAUUGAGCGUUCAUGUUUUUCAGGAAAAAGAAGGAAUUUACAAAACAAGUCUCAUGUUGAGAGGUGAAAGUGGGUAGCUUUUUGGUGUUGCGGACGGAUGCAAUCACUAAAACCUAAAAUGAAUUUUUGUUCUUAAAACGUGAUUUUUUAUUUUCAUAGAAUGAUGUUAAAGGCAGUUUGGACUUCAAAAACGUGGAAUUCCCGGACCCUCUCGUCCAGGGCAAGUCAUUGUUAAGCCAUCUAAACGCGAAAGUGAGUGAAGGACAAACAUUGGCACUUGUGCCGCUGGAUAACGAAACGUUAAAUCCUCUGGAAUUGUUGGUAGAACGUUUCUUUGCACCCACUCGAGGUACACUGGUAAGUAACAGUCUUCAGUUGUAAAUGUACCACAGUCUGUUCCCAGAGAUUUUAAUCCGAGAUAAUAAUUAUCAUCAUCAUCAUCAUCAUCAUCAUCAUCAUCAUCAUCAUCAUCAUCAUCAUCAUCAUUACCAUCACCAUCACUAUUACCAUUUGUUUACUUCUUCAUCGCCUUGCCGUAAUGAUCAGUUUGCCGUUUCAUAUUUUUCUACAAGUUGUUAUUGUACUGAUCCAGGUCUACAACUGGGAGAUCCGGCGCCACUCACUGGUUUGUCGCUGUCGACUUGCUGAUCAAUCAAUAAUCAAUCAAUCAAUAUUUUAUUUAACCACGUAAUCGUCUAAGAGCACAAGUGCUCGAUGAAAAAACGAACGUGCAUUAAAUCUACAAUUACAAUAAUAAUAUCUAAUAUAAAAAAUUAAUUUAUAUAAUCAAAAUCUAGUAAUGAUCACAGGAGUUCAGGUUUCAGGAGUAAUCAUUGAUCGUUUAUUGCGACAGUGCUGUUUCGUCUGGUCCGAAAUUGUAGGACCACACUCAUCAGGCAACUUCAACGAUUCAAAAUCUAUGUACACAUGAAUAUAAAAGACUAUAAAAAUUGCAAAAAAAAUAUAAAAAUGUAAAAAUUGCAGCUGAAGUGAUCUUAGCUUAGACUUAAAAACAUUAACAUUAUCGGCCAGCUUGACAUCUUCUGGAAGUUUAUUCCAUAGAUGAGCGAUAUUUUAUAUGUCUUUGGUUGCUGCUCUUGCAGAGCUAGCCCCGGUUGUUUAAACGUGCUAUCCAGAGGAUAAAUCACUAUCCAGCAAGAGAAGUUUUACGAAAACCCAUUGCGUUUACCACUGAAUAGAGAUUAAUCAAGUGGAUAGCGUUAUCCACCUUUUCAACCGCUGGGGCCUGUUGUUUUGCUCACAAAACCAGCCGUUUCUUUGUUUUUGUUUGUUUGUUUUUUGACGUCUCCUAAGUGUUUUCUUCUUGGCUGCUUAAGCUCCCUGGGUCACCUCUCCACCAUUUCUGGUUGGAACGUUCAUCCUUAUGAAACAUGAAAUGCUAUAAACAUCACUUUUUAUAUUUCUUUUGCAGUUUCUUGAUGGAACAGAUAUCCAGGGACUGGACCUUUCUUGGUUGCGCGCGCAAUAUGCUGUAGUAUCCCAUCGAUGUUUCCUGCCACAGUAUAGCAUUGCUGAAAACAUAAGUUAUGGUAACGAAAAAAGAGCAUUCGCAGUAACCAGGCGGGAAAUUGAAGACGCUGCCUAUUCAGCCUACGCGCACGAAUUUAUCAUGGAACUACCGAAGGUGAGUCGCGUUUUUCACGUGCACAGGUUACCACUGAGUCAUACGAUGCAGUUUGCUCGUUUUCGAUAAGAUCUGCACUUAGUAGUACCGCGGCGGUACACGGCGAUGCCUUUUAUAUUUUAGUGAUGUGACUUUUUUGGUAUAUAAGGUCUGAAACGUGCCCCACAAAAUAUAGAGCGCAAGUAUUAGGGCGGUGCACGCCGCAGAAGAGUUUUUAAAAAACAAUUCCCCGGGGCGCGUCUCAUAAUAUUUCGCGCGCCCUCAGAACUACCAUCUGCGUAAAACACGGUGUGAUCCAGAAGAAUCAAGCAGACUUUCAAGUAAUCGAUUAUUUUACUGCCAGUAUAAAACUUAACGUUUUCAUCGUUUUUUUUAUACAAUGCCUUUUUAAGUUCUUCCAAAGGUUUUUGCUCCUUACCCUUGUUUGAAGUUUAACUUGUAUUUUACGCAAACUCUUUUCAGUGUCUCGAGAUAUUUGUAUGGUAUUUCCUCUAUUAGCAAGCAAUCAUUUCCCCUUUGCUUGAUGUUGUAGGGUUAUGAUACUCUCCCCGAUGAAGAUCAGAUCUCUUUAAAUGAGAGUCAGAAAAUGAGAAUAGUCAUAGCACGAGCGAUCAUCAGAGGACCACCGAUUAUAGUGCUUGAUGAGUUAGAAGAAGAAAGUCAGGUAGGAUAAAUUAUCAAGAUAUCAAUAUAUCUUUCACUGAUCGCAAUACCUUUUUAAUGUUGGUCUUAAUGUCCAUUCGUGCGUUUGUCUAUCUGCCUGGCAUGUCUGUCUGUUAACCUCUGCCUUUUUUACAAUAAAUGAGCGGUUUAUCGCGCGCUGAUUGGUCUAAGGCUAGGGUCUAUGAGUGCAUGUACCAUGGAAAUGACGUAAUGAUUGCGCAAUGCACGCGCUUGAUUUCCUAAGAAACCUCACCGGAGUGGAGGUUUAAAAAACUUAGGGCCUGUUUACAUGGAGCUGGGAGACACCAGAUAGGUGAGGUAACAUGCGGCAGGUCACCCCACCUGUCAUUUAAAUGUGAUCAAAUUAAAAUGACAGAUUAUAUGGACAGGCGGGUUACCCCCCCAAAGGGGGUUACCUCUCUUACCCGGGGUCCCCCACCUCCAUGUAAACAGGCCCUUAAUUUAAUUAUAAAAAUCAAAUACACAACAAUUUUCCACGGUCUGCAAUCCGACAAAUUAUAGAAAUGACACCAAAAUGUUCAAGGAAACCCCUCGCUUAUGACCCGUGGUCCCACUUAAUUUUUAAACAUUUUGACGUCAUUUCUGUGAUCUGUAGAAGAGUAUAUAUACCAAGGAAAAUUGUUGUCCAUUUGAAAAAAAAAAAAAUACAUCACUUUUUUUCUCUUUACAUCACCGUUGAUCAUGAAUUUAAGACUGGAGUCUGGUGAGGGUGUUUUUCCAGCAAAUAAUCAAAUAUUGUAUGCUUUUGUAAUGGAUGAUCGUAUAACAUUUGGACCCACAACGGCCCCGUUGCGAGAAACUGAAGUUAAGAGGUUUGAGUCCCGUUGCAGAUGUGAUUUCAUUUCUUUUAUUACGGUGGUUAUUUCUUCACAUUGUAAAAAGAAUAUGCCUGACGCUGUCUCUACAGGCUGUAAACGAUGCAACGCACAUUCUCUGCCGCAACAGAACUUGUCUUAUACUCACAAGACAUCGACAAACUAUUGAAGCUGCAGACCACAUUGCUCUUAUGUAUCGUGGGCGCGUCAUUGAACAAGGGACGCUUGAGGAUCUUCAAAAUCAAGGACGUUUAUAUAAUUUACUAACAAGUCUGCAAGAUGUAGAUGAAGAUUAG